AUGAACGAUUAUCAUGAUCGAAAAUCUUUUAAUCUUCAUGUUUUACGUUCAAAAAUUGUCAAUUGGAAACAAGGACAUGAAGAUAAUGAACAUAGUCAACGUGCAGUAGAUUUUCUUAUAAAAAAAUUAAAAAAUUCCGAUGGUGUACUUGAUUCAUUAGCUAAAGUUUUAUUAAAUCCUCAUUGUUCAAGUCCAUGUAUAACAAUUCCACCAUCAGUUGAUAAACGUAUACAAAUUGUUUAUCGAAAAGAAUUUCCACAUGUUGUUUAUUGUCGUUUAUGGCGUUUUGCUGAUCUACAAAAUUAUCAUGAAUUAGUUCCAUCAUUACAAUGUCGAUAUCCAUUUUCACCUGGAAAUAAUCGAAAUCAAAAACUUGUUUGUAUUAAUCCAUAUCAUUAUAAUCGAGUACCAUCACAAGUUCUUCCAUCAAUUAUUGAACCAAGAAUAAAUAAUGAAAAUACACCACCAACACCACCACCAUCCUCAUAUUCACCUGAUCCAUAUUCUCCUCAAUGGACAAAUCAUCAAGUAUUACCACCAUGGUGUACAAUUAAUUAUUAUGAAUAUAGUAAUAAAGUUGGUGAACAAUUUCGUGCAUCAUUACCACAAAUAUUUGUUGAUGGAUAUACAUCACCAUGUAGAAAUUUUGCAAAUCGAUUUAGUUUAGGUUUCUUAGAAAAUGUUAAACGACAAAAAGGUGUCGAAUAUGUUCGAGCAUCAAUUGGUAGAGGUAUUGAAUUAAUUGAACAUGAAAAUGGUGAUGUAUCAGUACGAAAUCGUUCAUGGUCAUGUUCGAUAUUCGUACAAUCAAUUCUUUAUAAUCGUUUAAAUGGUUUAAAUGAUUCAACUGUUUAUCAUUUACAACGUCGUCAAUCAAUACAUUCAAUAUUUAAUUUAUCAAUUUUUACUCAAUUAGUUAAUAAUCCAUUAGCUACAUAUGAAUCAAUACUUGAUUUAACAAAAUUAUGUACAAUACAAGUUAGUUUUAAAUAUGGUUGGGGUUAUGAUUUUGGUCAACGUGAAAUAACAUCAACACCUUGUUGGUUAUCGAUUCUUAUUAAUGAACCACUUCGUCUUAUUGAUACUCGUUUACAACAAUUACAACCUCAACAAGCAACAACAUCUAGUUAA